AUGGAAAAGGGUACAUGGAAAAUAAUAACUGCAACAGCACUAUUCGCUGUAGCCAUGACUACUGUCGCAGACUGUGCUUGGACUCGUUGGCAAACGCAAGGGAAAACAGCUGCGCAACGAAGUGAAGAAAAUGAACAAGAACGAACAACCUCUAAGAUAAAUAAGUACCACCAAUAUGAUGAAGAGUUUAUCCGCCAAUCUUUGAAAAACAAUGUUGAUUUUCUUGGUGAGGACAAAAUCACCAAGUUAUCCAACCAAUACGUUGUCGUUGUGGGAGCAGGUGGUGUUGGAUCUUGGGUAGUUAACUCUUUGGUGCGUUCCGGAUGUCGAAAGAUCAGAGUCGUUGAUUUUGACCAAGUUUCAUUGAGUUCCUUAAAUAGACACAGUUGUGCCACACUCAAGGAUGUGGGUACUCCCAAAGUUGAAUGCUUACGAAGGCAUAUGCGUGAAAUUGCACCAUGGUGCAAUAUUGAUCCGAUUAAUGAAUUGUGGACCAUAGAAAAUGGCGAAAGAUUGACUCUUGGAAAUGGAGCGCCUGACUUCGUCGUGGACUGUAUUGAUAAUAUCAAUACAAAAGUUGACUUAUUGGAAUUUUCCUAUAAUCAUGGCAUUAAAGUGAUCUCCUCCAUGGGUGCUUCUGCGAAAAGCGAUCCUACAAAACUUAACGUGGGCGAUCUGGCCACCACUGAAGAAGAUCCUCUGGCAAGAGUGGUGAGAAGAAAACUGAAAAAAAGAGGCAUCUUAUCUGGUAUCCCCGUAGUAUUCAGUGCCGAAAAACCAGAUCCCAAGAAGGCUAAAUUGUUGCCUUUACCGGACGAAGAAUAUGAAAGGGGGAAAGUUGAUGAGCUUAGUGCAUUAAACGAUUUCCGAGUAAGAAUCUUACCAGUUUUGGGUACUAUGCCAAGUUUGUUUGGAUUGAUCAUCACUACAUGGAUCUUGUCCAGCAUAUCCGAUAAACCCUUAGAACCCAUUGAAGGUAAAAAUAGAAUCAAAGUGUAUGAUGGUAUCUACCAAUCAUUGGCAGGUCAAAUGAGCAAGUCCGGUAUACCGGGUCAGCGUAUUCCACUGGCUCUGAAGGAUGUUAGUUACCUCGUCGAAGAAGUGUUCAAGGGUAAGUCGCCGAUCAGCGGCAUCUCCACUAGACUAGCACUAACUAAAUGGGAUCCCCUAAAACCUAUUUCUUUGCAAAAUGUGGUGGUUGUAACUAAAAAUGAACAAAAAAUACACGAGGACCGUGUCUUAAAGGGCCAUGAAAGUCUACAAGAUGUUUAUAGUACCGAAAUCCUGGAAUUGAUUGCACAAAGAUUCAAAGAAGAAGCUUAUUAUUCCCAAUUCAGAUAA